AAGGAGAAGACUCGGUCCUGCUAGCCCCAAUGUUGAGACGCCAUGCGAGGUGCAGGACAACAUUUCUAAAAGUUGCCGGGAGCUGCUGAGAGAAGCAGCGAAUUUGAUUGAGGAAGCUCUGAGCAGGGCUCUGGCGGCUCUGGUGCCUCAGCCACAGCAGACACCUGCCGCUCAAUCACAUACAUCUGUCCAAGCGGAGGUAGCAAGGCUCUUUGCGCCAUAUAACAUUGGAGCCAGAAGGAAUAUGACAAGACGACCAGCACAAGUCCAAGUUAGCUGAAGAAGCUACACACACACUGUCUGUUGUUUGGCUGACCACAAGGCGGAUAAAAUUCCAAGCGUACUGUUCAAAAAAAAGAGAGCUCACGUCCUGCCUCUGGUCCAGUCAUCCCCUGCAUCAUUUGUCAGAAGGAAGUUCCCUUUUCAGAGAUGAAGCUGCACAGAUUGAGCUGCAAUGGGUGAUGUUGCUAUCGGAGAGGGAGUGAUGCGGUACUUAAUGACAACAAUCAUAUCCAAACUCCAGUUUGGAUUCAGUCUAGAUCUUGGAGGAAUGGGCCGAACACUGCUAUUUGAGGGUGAACCUGACCAUCUUGUUCCAGCAGCAUCAGAGGCACUUAUUGAAAGCAACCUCUUCCGGGUUGCAGGAAGGAUGUUGGCCCACACCUUUGACGGUCCCCAUAUCACAGGAUUAAGUCCUGCUGUAAUUCAUGUACAGUUCAAUGGGGACCCUGAAAUGGCAACUGUUGUUACAGAAGACUGUCCUGAUCUGCACAUCAAGAGCAUCAUAGAACUGCUUGAACAUGAAGAACUUACACUGGAACAGAAGGACACAGUUUCAGAUCUUUCCAUGUCUUGGGAUCUUCCGGCAGUCACCAAAUCAAAUUGGAGAUGGCUACAUAACAAACUUCUACUCCAUGCAAUGCUCCUAGAAAAAAUCACCUGCCGCAUCACUGGCUUUCUAAGGAUGUUCAUUGAAACAGCUUCAUCAGGUACCCUGGCCCAGCUGCUGACAUUCUGGGUUGGCUGGGAGAUGCUUCCUCCUGAACUGAGUGUGGAGAUUUCUGGGGGAACCCUUCCUACGUCCUCCACAUGCUUUGAAACACUAAAGCUGCCAGCUCAUUUCAAAAUCUACAUGGACUUCGAGAAAGCACUCUUCUCUGCCAUAAAAAGUACUGGAUUUGGGCUUGUUUAAGCUUUUUCAGACAGAUGUCAAUGCAUAUACUGUUCAGAUGA